UGUCAUUGCUUUCAUAAAUAAUUUGACUAAUAUAGAUCUUAUACCUCUGAGAUCUUAUAGGGGUAUGUAACAUUUUAAAUGGGAUGGAAAAAAACAAUACUUAGGAUGCACCAAUACAGUAGAGGAAAAGGCCAUAGGCUUAGAAUUGCAAAGGGCUACUUCAGGACAGAAACAAGAAAGUUUUUCUUAACCAGGAUGAUAAUUAACAACUUGAACAACAGGAUGCAGGGACGGGUGGUUGAGAGCAGGACACUCAUUGAUGCGGUGAUAAGAAAACUGGUGGAACUUCAUAUCCAUCUGGAUGGAGCCAUAAGACCUAAAACAAUUCUUGAGGUUGCUAAGAGAAGAAAAAUCAAGCUGCCGACAAAGAAUGACAAUCAGUUUCUCAAACUUAUAACUUGCGAUGGGCCAACAACUCUCACUGAAAUGCUAACAAAGUUUGGUUAUUUUAUGCCUAUUGUUGCAGGUGACAGAGAUGCUAUCAGGCAAAUAGCCUAUGAACUUGUGGAGGAUAAAGCUAAUGAAAAAAUUGUAUACUUUGAAGCUAGAUACAGUCCUCAUUUACUGGCUAACUGUGAUGUUUACCCUAUUCCAUGGAAGCAAUCAGAAGGUGACCUAAGCCCAGAUGAAGUGGUCCGUCUUGUUAAUGAGGGUUUUGAAAAAGGCCAGCGUAACUUUGGCAUCAAAGUACGAUCAAUUCUCAGCUGUUUGCGGCACAUGGAAGCGUGGUCUCCUGAAGUUGUUGAGCUCUGUAAGAAAUAUCGAAAGGAUGGUGUGGUUGGCCUUGACCUAGCAGGGGAUGAAUCGAUAAACUAUGAACCCUCUCGAGGACACGUACAGACGUAUCAGGAGGCGGUGAGGUGCGGAAUCCAUCGCACUGUUCAUGCGGGAGAGGUCGGACCUCCUGAAGUGGUUCGUGAGGCUGUGGAGAUUUUGAAGGCUGAAAGAAUUGGUCAUGGAUAUUCAAUUAUUAAAGACGCCAAACUCUAUCAAGAAAUACUGCAAAAGGAUAUCCACCUGGAGGCAUGCCUUUACUCAAGUUAUAUCACAGGAGCGUGUAAGGCUGAUUUUUCAAAGCAUCCAGUUGUCAGAUUCAUGAAUGAUGGUGCUAACUUUUCACUGAGUACAGAUGAUCCACUGAUAUUCAAUUCAACGAUUCACACUGAAUAUAAUAUGGCUGCGAAAGACAUGAACUUCACAGAAAUGCAGUUCAUGAGAAUGAAUCUUAAUGCAGCUCGCUCCAGUUUCCUUUGUGAAAAUAAAAAAAAAGAACUUCUCAAUCAGCUUCGAAAGGCUUAUGGAAUGCCAGAAGAGCCCAAACUCGACACAAAUCUGAAUAAUUAUCCAUGUUUGUAACAACCAAUGAAUCCCAGGCUUAAACUAUUCUAUGUUUUGACGAAACAAAGCUAUUCAUUACUAUUGCUAUAUUUUUAUAUAAUUCUUUAUACAUUUCAAUAUCUGAAUAUUUUAAUAAUCUCUUUUAUGUUGAUCAGUUCAUCUCAGGAAGCUCUGGAAACAAAGUGUGAUAUGCAAUUACAUUAAAUACUUUCACAAACAGA